CACCAAAAUCUUGUUGCUACAAACAGAAACGCGUCGUAUAUCAAUUUCGGACGAGAAAACCAUUUUAAAAAGAUACAACCAUGAAUCAGAUGGAACAUAACUACAAAAUCAAAGACUAUAAACGCUACGAUCUCCCGCCACCGUAUGUUCAAAGUAAUUAUACUCUUAACAGAAGCCAGAACUUUAGAAACGCAGAAGAGGUUCGUCGUUUAGAAGAACGACUCAGACAUGUYCAUUGGCCGAGAGAACAUAAACUAGGCUGGCUGCCUGAUCAUGGCGAUCGUAUGCGAUUUACCAGGAACCAACAGAUAAGUGUGCUUCAUAAUCAACACGAGAAUAUAGUGGACGUGGAUGGCCACAGACAGCUUCACUACGAGCAUACUCGGCACAAUGGAGACGUUGCUAGGGCUGAAUUCGACCGCAGUGUACGACUGGGAAGACCUGGUGUAGUCGAUAAGAUGAGAGGACCUCCGCCAUUGUAUAAAGUUAUAAAUAAUGGAACUUUAAGAGGAUAAAGAAAACUCUAAAGAUAUAUUUUAUUACGAGCCUCAGAACAUGUUUAUUGUUUAUAUGGCACAGGAAGCCCAAUGCAUGAAUCUAGAUUGCGCCUAUUUUGGCCUACUACUAGCUCGCUACCUGAUAUAUUGCUUCGGUAUGGAAAGACAGUUGAAAUUGUACAUAUCAGGGUUGUUUGAUCAUAUCUUAUCGCACUGAACUGACCCAACAUGUGAUACUCUUUAUACAUAAUAGAAAAUUGUUAUAAAACUAAUCAGCUAACUAAAUUUUUAAUUGUUGAAUUUUACCAAUAAACUAUUUUUCUUAUUUUUCA